CACUUGUUCAUGGUUUUGUUCACAACAGUUUACAAUUUGUAGGUGUGUCCGCGUUGAUGAUACAUCCUAACGAGAGGGAAAGGUGUUUUUGUUACUGGAAAUUCGAUAAAUCCGUAAACAAUGAAUUACGGAAAAAAGUCGCCCACCGUGGGCACUCCGUCCAUAUACUCGCACGUAACAAACCGCAGCAGUGCAAAUCUGAAAUCAUCCAGAUCGACGAAAAGUGUAGUGAUACCGUGGUACCAGAAGCCAAUUUUAACGAAAGCCUUCUUCUCCGAUAUUCCCAGGAGUGCUAUGUUCACUGCGGUGUUUGGAGUGUUUUUGGGACUCUUCACGAUUUGUAGUGCAGCCUUCGAUAUUUACUGUCUUUCCCAGGCGGUACCAGGAUCCACACAUUAUGGAUAUUACAUCAUAUCUUAUGAAUUUGUUUAUGUGGGUAAUAAACAUGUUCGAAAUGCCCUCCUCGUCGCCGCGCUGUUUUCAAUGCUCGGUGCGGUUGCAGUCAUAGUCACCUCGAUAAUCCUGAUAAACGCAUUAAGAAAGGAGUACGAGAAGAAAAUUAUCCCAUGGUUAUACGUUUUCGCUGGAUUCACGAUAUUCAGAGUACUUGCCUUCUUACUCUUCUGUAUCGUCAACGACAUGAUAUUCGCCUACAAUAUCAUGAUGUGCCUUCUCUGGAUCGUGUUCCUACUCUUCUCUGCGUACGGAUGGCUGAUUGUGUACACAUUGUACUUGGAGCUGUCAGAUCUCAGUCGAUUGGAGGAUUUAGCACAUCUGAGAAUGGGAACGAUGCAGUCAUUGAACGCAUCAACGACCCACUCAAUCGCUGGAUCUCGUCCAACUACACCUCACAGUACCGUUCUGACAAUGCCCAUUUAAUAAGAGAUAAGAAUUCGUAAUCUAAUUACUAAAAACAAAGAGAAAAAAAUCUGUGUUCAGAGAAAUUUUAUUGUUCAUGUUUUGAAGAAAUUUUUAAAAUCGAAACGUUGAUUGAAAGCUAAAAGCAGAAGAUUUUACGCAAAAGCAAACAAAGUUACGCUUUUUAGAAAUUAUUUAGAGAUUAAUGUACAAGUAUAUCGCAAAGCCGUCCAUGUCGAUUUUCUUUUGGAUACCAAAGGAAGUCGACGAUUUAUUUUAAGAGAUUAAAAUUGUACUUCCUGACUAUUUUCGAACUAAUGUUGUAAAUAUCAUGUUCAUAACUUUGAACAAAACCGAACUCUGAAGAUUUUUAUAUGAUUUUUUUUUGUAUCCUGAGUGUACAAAUGAGAAGACGAGUCUUGAAGACUUACGAGGAAUAAUUCCGAUCCAUUUUUGAGAUAAGAUUAAUGAAAGAUCUUUUAUUCAAAAUAAUUAUGAUAAAAUUCUAACAUUU